CCACCUGUCAACCUGACAGUUGUAUUGUCAAUCGAGCACGAGUAGACUCGCGAGUGCACACAAUUUUAAUUUUUAUACAAAUUAAUCACAGUAACAAUGCUAGUGUAGUUGUGGAUAUCGUUGUACUGUGUGCUCCGCAAUGGGCUACGACAUCGGGUGGAUCAUCCCGCGGCUGCGGAGCCCGGGGCUGCUGUGGAACUGCGCCAGCUCCAUCACCGUGGCCGUGGUGGGACUCUUCAGCAAGAUCGUCAUAGAGUGGCUGAACAAGACGACGGUGUACAACGCGGAGGGUCUGGCGCGCGCGCUGCGGCGGCCGCCCGGGGUGCCGCUGCUCACCGUGUCCAACCACCACUCCUGCUUCGACGACCCCGGCCUCUGGGGCGUGCUGGAGCUGCGCACGCUGCUGUCGCGGCGGCGCAUGCGCUGGUCGCUGGCGGCGCACGACAUCUGCUUCACGCGCGCGCUGCACGCCGCCUUCUUCGCGCUCGGCAAGUGCGUGCCCGUCGUGCGCGGCGCCGGCGUCUACCAGCCCGCGAUCGACUUCUGCAUCGAGCGGCUGAACCGCGGCGAGUGGGUGCACAUCUUCCCCGAGGGCCGCGUCAACGUCGACAAGGAACACAUCAGACUGAAGUGGGGCGUGGGCCGCAUGAUCGGCGAGUGCUCGCGGCCGCCGCUGGUGCUGCCGGUGUGGCACGAGGGCAUGGACCGCAUCCUGCCCAACGCCGAGCCCUACCUGCUGCAGUUCCGCCGCCGCGCGCUGCUGUCCGUCGGGCAGCCGAUACAGCUGGACUCGCUGCUCGCCAGCCUGCGCAAGUCGAACGCGAGCGAGGAGGAGUCGCGCGCGGCCAUCACGGCGCGCAUCCAGGACGAGCUGCUGCGCCUGCGCAACCACACGCACCGCCGGCUGGUGGCGGCCGCCGGGCCCGCGGCCGACGGGCUGCUGCAGCACAGGACGGACAUCCUGACGAACCCCUCCGACGACGCGCCCUACAUCUCCUUCGGACACGAGAUGCCCAACGGCAAGGAGAAGGAGAAAGAAAAAGACAUUUAGAUGCCAUUUGUACGAGAGUGACAGAGACAGACCUACAGAUGUCAGGACCGGCGGUCCAGUGAAUGAGUCCUACUUAUGAUUUGUUUACCAGUGAUAAUUUAGACCGUAUACGUUAAGGCAGACAGUACUUUAUUGUGUGACCAGAUAUUUUGCCAUAUAAUACUAAUAAUUUCAUACAAUACCUACCUAUCAUUCCUUUGACAAUCGAACUUAUUUCACACAGUAAAGUACAGUUUGAAGACAGAAAAGAAUGAAGUUAAGAUUAAUUUAUUUUUAUAGGUGAAAUGUUGAUUCACAUAUAUAAAUAUGCAAUACGAGUGAAAGUUAUACUUGUCCACUAUUCCUUGUAAAAGGAUAAACUUAUACGACCAACUUUUGUAUAACAUCAUGGUUCACGAUGUCGUAUAAAAGUUGUACUUAUUGUACUGCUAAGUAUAAUCAUCAACUAAUUACCUCCUUGUAUAGUCCGUAACUAACCGCCCUGCGUCCGCGGGCGCUCGGGCGUUGUUGAAUGUACGUUAAUAAGUUUAACUGGUGUUAUGUGACGUUGUUUUUUGGGGAAAAGUUAUGUUUUCAGAAUUUUGUUUGUUGUGGUGUUGUGCUCAAAUGUUCCGUAAUAUGACCUGACAGUGGUGAAGCUUUUAUGCGUUGUUGUAUGAUGACGUCACUUUUGAUAAAUUUUACAAAUAAUUAUAGAAAAAGGCGUCGAUAGAUCCUGGUCGCGCCUCGCGACCGUGUUUGCCGAACUCAGUCUAGCAAAUGUUAAAUUCUAGACAAAACUAUCAAUUUAAGAUUUGAAAACCAUAUUUUUCUCGGAGUAUAAAAAAGGAAUAUGUAUUAUUAAUAUUAUAACAUAAAAUUAUCAUAUCACUUUUAAACAGUUCCGCAUUUUUUCUAAAUAAUUAUGUAUUUUGAUGUAAAUUUUAAUACUUAUUGAUCUUUUACAUUGUUAUUCCUUUUAAUAGCCCGUGUUUUUCUACAGUUUAACGAUGAGAAAUGUUUCUGAACGCACAAAAAAUAUUAAUUUUAAUAUUUUUCAGCAUUUAUACUUAAACAGACUUUAUUGUUUUUUUAUGAAAUUAAUGUAAAAAUAUUACAUGAAAAAGUGUUAUCCGCCGCAGUAUACAUACAGGUAUUGGCUGGCUUGCGGUCACAUGUGCGCUCUUAUUCAAUCAAGUAAAAACCGUUGUUGACACUCCGCACUUGUGAACGCAAGUGUAUGCAGCGCCACCGUACGCACUGCUAUCCAGAGUGGCAGGCGGAUAGCGACCUCGUGACAUUCGCUGUAAGGUUCAGUUUGCAAAGUUGUUAGUUUAUUUUAAUGUUAAGUUAUAUUUCGUGGGAAUGUUAUCGAGUAAGCCUCUAGGUAUUAUGUACAUGAAUGUUUUAUAUGUGUGUGUGAAGUGUGUGCAUGUUGUGUCUAGUUCAUGUAAUCAUUGUUUUUAUUUUGGUAUAAAAAGAAGCCAUAUACACUUGAGUUUAGUAUUUUUUGGGAAUCAAUUUUAUAAACCUAGUACAGUCUGGUUUCGUACAUUGUCUGUAAACUGACUACAAGUUGCAAUCUCUUGUACGACUCGUCUAUGAGAUACUUAUUCAAGUUUUAUAAAAUGUUUUUAUUUUGUAUAGAUUUUACCAGAUAGAUUAAUAUUUUGUCUUUGUCUUUACACCCCUUAGUAUAGUAAUGUGUCCCACUUUGUCCUUCCGAAUUAUGUACUUAUGGCCACUUGUCAAAUACACCGAUAAUAUUUCACAAUAAAUAAAAUAUAAAUAUACCUAUAUGCAUUUUGGAAAAUAAUAUGAAAUUAUGUCUAAAAGCAAUAAAAUGAUGUUGGUUAAAAGAAGAUCAAUCACUAUUGUUGAACCAAUGUUAAUUAUUUUUUGUAUCGUGUCGUGUUUCUUCUACUCUACCGUCAACUGUAUCUUUGUAUCUUUGUCUAUUGUGAGCCGUGUUAUUGUUCCUAGGUCUAGGUACUCUAAAUAGCUACAACUUGAUAUUAUGAAUCGUGUGAGUCCGGCGGUGACACUAAUUUACUUAAAUUAAAUCAUUUCUUUCUCUAGCGAGCUUAUUACUGAAAUGUAUGCGAUUUACCAAAAUUGCAAUAUUUUUCAUAAUAAGAUCGUAUUUGUGUUGUAGUAAGGUAGACAUAGUAUGGGUUGUGCGAUAGGUAUUUAAGCUUUUUUUCAUACAAGUUGUAAUGAAGAUGAUUCCUACCUAAUGGUAGGAAAGAAGGUUUAUUAGUUUUCAAAAUGCGUGCUAUAUUUGUGGUCGCCAGUUACCAUGUUGUAGAGCGGUUCACUUGAUGCAUUAUUUAGGUAAGAAGUCGAAGUACAUUAUAAUGUGAAGAACAAUAUGUAAGCCAUAUAAAUUAUAAUGACAUAACCCGACUUGUAAGGAGAUAAAGAUACCUACUUAAAAAUGGUAAAUGUUGGCCAUGUUUUCUUUUUUGGAGCAUCUAUUUUCAAUUCCACUCACCACCGUUCAAAUUUCUUCGUCAUGUAUCUUCAUUUCCUCCAAUACUCACAUUAUUGUUGCACGUUUCAUUAUGCACCUUCUAUUUUACAGCUUUAUUAUCAUAUUAUUAUGUAGAUAUUAUUGUUGAAAAGAGGUUCUGUUUGGUACCUAGUUAGUCUUCCGUCUCGUUGUUAGAUCAUAAAAUCGACACUGCCUUACUUUAUGUCAUAAAGCAAAAGCACAAAAACCUUGUUUUAUUAUAAUUUUGAAUUGUGUAACGCAGUGUGUGUAAACCACUGACACAUGUGAUCACUGAAUGCAAUACAACAGAGACUGCAACAGACCAGUGUCGUGCUAACAUAGAGAGUAAUACGUGUAAGAGUAUCGUGUGUGUCGUGCCCCGCUGCGAGCGAUGUGUUUGCGAGCUCCGUUCAUUUACUGAACAGUGUGGUAUGCGCUUUUAAACAUUGUCUACCUUUAUUUCAUAAAUAAAUUGAUGGACCUUUA